CCGACGCUAUGAGCUCCUUCGAGGGUCAGAUGGCAGAGUAUCCAACCAUCUCCAUAGACCGCUUCGACAGGGAGAACCUGAGGGCCCGUGCCUACUUCCUGUCCCACUGCCACAAAGAUCAUAUGAAAGGAUUAAGAGCCCCUAGCUUGAAAAGAAGGUUGGAAUGCAGCUUGAAGGUUUGCUUAUACUGUUCACCUGUUACUAAAGAGUUGUUGUUAACGAGCCCGAAGUACAGAUUUUGGGAGAAACGAAUUGUAUCAAUUGAAAUUGAAACUCCUACCCAGAUAUCUUUAGUCGAUGAAGCAUCAGGCGAGAAGGAAGAGAUUGUUGUGACUCUUUUACCUGCUGGUCAUUGCCCAGGAUCAGUUAUGUUUUUAUUUCAGGGCAACAAUGGAACUGUCUUGUACACAGGAGACUUCAGAUUGGCUAAAGGAGAAGCUGCCAGAAUGGAGCUUCUGCACUCUGGGGGCAGAGUGAAAGACAUCCAGAGUGUGUACUUAGACACAACUUUCUGCGACCCAAAAUACUAUCAAAUUCCUAGUCGGGAGGAGUGUCUGCGUGGAAUCAUGGAGCUGGUCCGAAACUGGAUCUCACGGAGCCCCUACCACGUGGUGUGGCUGAACUGCAAGGCUGCCUAUGGUUAUGAGUAUCUCUUCACCAACCUCAGCGAGGAGUUUGGACUCCAGGUGGAUUCUUCACCACUGAGCCACCAGGGAAGCCCUGAACACAGCCUUUGUCAUCUUUGUUUGCUUCCUCUUGGGAGAAUUGACAGUGGGAAGAGCCCUUUGGUUCACGUGAAUAAACUAGACAUGUUUCGAAACAUGCCUGACAUUCUCCACCAUCUGACAACAGACCGUCACACUCAGAUCCACGCGUGUCGACAUCCAAAGGCAGAGGAAUAUUUUCAGUGGAAUAAGUUACCAUGUGGCAUUACUUCCAAAAAUAAAAUUCCACUCCACACAAUCAGCAUUAAGCCAUCUACCAUGUGGUUUGGAGAAAGAACCAGAAAAACCAACAUCAUUGUGAGGACUGGAGAGAGUUCCUACAGAGCUUGCUUUUCUUUUCAUUCCUCCUACAGUGAGAUUAAAGAUUUCUUGAGCUACAUCUGUCCUGUGAAUGUCUAUCCAAAUGUCAUCCCGUUGGGCACAACUAUGGAUAAAGUUAAAGAAAUCUUAAAGCCUUUAUGCCGAUCUUCCCAAAGUACUGAGCCCAAGUACAAACCUCUUGGAAAACUGAAGAGAGCUAGAACAAUCCACCUAGACUCAGAGGAGGACGAUGACGAUGGUCUCUUUGAUGAUCUUCUGCCGGCACCUUUAAGGCACAAGGUUCCAAACCAGAAGACUCUUCACCCUGAGGCAUUUCCCACGCCUACUGUAUCACAAAACCAGCCUGAGAAAUGGAGAGAAAGCACAGGAUGCUUCAAAGCAGAGAGUAUGCCAACGGUCCUUUGGGCAAACUUUAUAGAUUGCGAGGAAUCCAACAGUGAAAGUGAAGAAUCAGAAAUCCUAGGAUCAGCUCAGGGAGACAUGGGUCCUGUCUUCCAGCCCCAGCAGAGGGCCGAUGGGGAAGUACCGCAGUGGGAGGUGUUCUUUAAAAGAGAUGCCGAAGGCACAGACGACUGUUUGGAAAACCUCCCGUCUUCCACAGAGGCGGGGGGCUCCCAGUCCCCUAAGCUUUUCAGCGAUUCUGAUGGGGAGUCAACGCACAUUUCUUCCCAGGCCUCCUCUCAGUCAACACACAUAUCAGAACAAGGAAGUCAAGGCUGGGACAGCCAAUCGGACACUGUUUUGUUAUCUUCCCAGGACAGAAACAGUGGGGAUGUUACCUCUUUGAACAAAGGGGUCUAUAGGCCAGGAAUCAAAGAGAAUAUUCCUGCCCCUCAGCCAGAACAAAAUGUACUUUGCCUAAAGGACACUUAUUUGGAUUUCAGAAGCAGAGAUCAGGAUGUAAAUAUACUUCCUAGUGCUGGAGAAACCACCACUCUAAGCAGUGGGAAACAGAUGCUUCAGGAGAAAAGGCCAUUGACUCUUAGCAGCAGUGCGGAUUCACAAAGCUCCUCUGAUUUUGAAAUUCCCUGCACUCCAGAAGCUGAGCUUCCUAAACAAGAACAUUUACAGUAUUUAUAUGAGAAGUUGGCAACAGGGGAGAGUAUAGUAGUUGAAAAAAGAAAAGGCUUACUUCAUUCUAGAGCAACCACUAAAAAAUCUAUACUAACAGAUACCAGUCAAAAUCAUAAUAGAUAA